AUGGAGUCGCAUGAUGCCUCUGUCCACAAGGACCUAGGCCUGAGACUAUGGAUCGUGAACAGUAUUUUCGUCGCGCUUGCCACUCUCGCCGUCAUUGCAAGGUUCGUUGCGAGAAGGUUGAAAAAUCUACCAUUGGCCUCCGAUGAUUGGGCAAUUUGCAUAGCAUUGUUGUUAUAUUACUUUCAGAUUUUUUAUAUACUCGCCCCGCCAACCGUGAAGCUGUCGCUCUUACUACUCUAUCGACGAAUCUUCGUAAACUCUCGGUUCCUGAAGGUCGUGUAUAUAAUGGGCGCUGCCGUCAUCGUGUGGGCAAUCGUCAUGACCUUCCUCGCCAUAUUCAAUUGUAGCCCUAUCAGCGCGUUCUGGACGGGCCGGGGAAAAUGCAUUCCACUCAAAGCGUUUGCCAUCGGAUACGCCAUUGUGAACAUCCUUACUGAUCUGGGCGUCUGGCUCAUGCCCAUCCCCAACAUGUGGAAGUUGCAGCUACCCACAGCCCAGAAGGUCGCUCUCACGCUAAUCUUUGUCCUUGGCCUUUUUGACUGUGCAGCAGCACUCGUACGACUCCUUUCCUCCAUGCUGGUUCUCGGCAACUGGGACGUAACCUAUGACUACGCGGCCGGGUACAUGUGGUCCAUUAUUGAAAUUUCCCUCGCGAUCGUCUGCACCUGCCUUCCCACCAUGCGCGUGCUUCUGAAAAUUAUGUUUAGUAGCAAAUUAGCUCGAGCGCUGGGGUUCUCCAGCUUGACUCCGAGACGCCCAUGCUCCAGCAAGAAGCUUUGGAACAGAUCCUCUCAGUACAAUGAAAUCCAAGGACCAUGGACGGUGCGGCCAAAUGCCGAGAGCCGACAUCAUAGCGAUGUGACCACGGGAGCUGACAAUGAGAAUGGUGCUACCAGCGCGAAGGGGAUCCGAGUAUUAGAGGAGGUCAGAGUUGAGCUACAGCAUAUUAGAAGAGCGCAUACGCCAACCUUAUGA